CCUGCGCGCUGCCCGGUCCUUUUUUUUUCACGUGUCCCCCCAGCCGGGCCCGCAGGACUCUCCUUGCAGCGGCGGCCGCGGCGGGUGCAGAGUCCGAGCUGCGGCGGCACGAGUCAUGGCUGGACAGGCUUUCAGAAAGUUUCUCCCGCUCUUUGACAGAGUAUUGGUUGAAAGGAGUGCCGCCGAAACCGUGACCAAGGGUGGCAUCAUGCUUCCCGAAAAGUCUCAAGGAAAAGUAUUGCAAGCCACAGUAGUGGCUGUGGGAUCAGGCGCCAAAGGCAAGGAUUUCUAUAAUUGGCCUGAUGAAUCAUUUGAUGAAAUGGACAGUACACUUGCUGUUCAGCAGUAUAUUCAGCAGAAUAUAAGGGCAGACUGCUCCAAUAUUGACAAAAUUCUUGAACCACCUGAAGGCCAAGAUGAAGGUGUAUGGAAGUAUGAACAUUUAAGGCAAUUCUGUCUUGAACUAAAUGGACUUGCUGUCAAACUUCAGAGUGAAUGCCAUCCAGAUACGUGUACUCAAAUGACAGCAACUGAACAGUGGAUUUUUCUUUGUGCAGCUCAUAAAACUCCAAAAGAGUGUCCUGCUAUAGAUUACACAAGACACACACUUGAUGGUGCUGCAUGUCUUCUGAAUAGCAAUAAAUAUUUUCCCAGCAGGGUUAGCAUAAAAGAAUCAUCUGUAGCAAAACUAGGAUCAGUGUGCCGUAGGAUUUAUAGAAUAUUUUCACAUGCCUAUUUUCAUCACCGGCAGAUAUUUGAUGACUAUGAAAAUGAAACAUUUUUAUGUCAUCGGUUUACUAAAUUUGUGAUGAAAUAUAAUUUGAUGUCGAAGGAUAACCUGAUUGUACCAAUUUUAGAAGAGGAAGUUCAGAAUUCAGUUUCUGGAGAAAGUGAAGCAUGAAGGGAGUCGUGUAGAACAAUGUACUGAUCACAUAAUUAACAAUUAUGUACUGUAUAUAUCUAUCAUUUUAGACACGUCAAUCAUGUAUCCAUAGUAUAGCUUAUUUGUUUAGGAUAGGUUUUGUAUGCUAUGUGUUGCCUUUUAAAAUGGGAAAUACAUUUUAAGUUAUUCAUGAGCUGUAUAUUCACUGGUGUGGCACUCAUGGUUUUUAAAUAAGUUUAGUAUUAUCUGUUUAUAAUGCCUGUUAAUAAAAGAAUUUACAGUUUGGUAAAA